AUGGACCGCAUGCAGGGGAAGACAACAAUCCUUUGUGCAGAUUUCUUCUAUGAGGACCGGAACUUCCAGGGCCUCCACUAUGAGUGCAGCAGCGACUGCCCCGAACUGAGCUCUCAUUUCAGCCGCUGCAACUCCAUCAGGGUGGAGAGUGGUGCCUGGGUGGUCUACGAGAAACCCAACUACAUGGGCUCUCAGUACAUCCUGACCAGGGGAGAGUACCCCGACUACCAGCGCUGGAUGGGCUACAACGACACUAUCAAGUCCUGCCGGAUUAUCAGACAUACCACUGGCAUGCACAGGAUCCGCGUGUACGAGCGCCCCGACUUUGCCGGUCAGAUGAUUGAGUUCAGUGAGGACAGCCCCAACCUGUCUGAGCGUUUCCUCCACCGYGAGGUGCACUCUGCCAACGUGCUGGACGGUGCCUGGGUCUUCUACGAGCACCCCAACUACAGGGGGCACCAGUACCUGCUGGAGAGGGGAGAGUACAGACGCCACACCGAGUGGGGGGGCAUGCAGGCCAACGUGGGCUCUCUCCGCCGCGUCCAGGACUUUUAGACCAUCCGUGUCAUACAGAYGUAGGAUCUUAAUUUGAGUCAGGUUGCUAUAGCAGGAAAAUAAUCCUGCAGCAACAGGAAAUGUKAAUUAUWAUGUGGAUUAUAAUURAUGGACAUUUUUGUAAGGGAAAAUCAAGUGGAAAUUACAAACUUCAGAAGCCUUUUUAAAACUAAAAUACACUACAAGUUUUUAAUUUCCUGCAACAGGGUGAUCAAAUAAAGACAUUGUUAUGCUCAACAGCCAA